UUCGGGUAACCAUUCACGUAGUUUGGUUGCGUCUUGGCGUGUUUAAUGUUGCCAAUAACGAGAGAUUUUUUUUUAGGGGGAGGGGGGACGCGAGUACAUAUCGUGCUGCAAUUAGUUCAUUGAAAACUCAGUCGCUCGCGGAGCAGUCAGGCAGAGACUCCUCUCGGCUUUUUUCCCUCCUGCCUAAGGAUCUCCUACGGAGAGCUGCAACAAUGCCCAAAAGAAAGGCUGCAGGUUAUGCGAGCCAGGAGCCAAAGAGAAGAUCGGCUCGACUGUCUGCUAUGCCUGUGCCCUUUACACCGGAGUUGAAACCUAAAAGAGCAUCAACUUCAAGGAAAACGAAGACCAGAAAUGUCGUGGAAGAAAACAAAGAUGCAGGUGCCACAACAGUUCCUGAAACCAAGCCAGAAGUUGUUAAAGAAGAAUGCAACAUGGAAAAUGCUGAAAAUGGAGAAGCCAAAAUUACUGAGGCACCCAUUUCUAAAUGAACUGAGGAAGCUAAAAGAAUGAUAAAUGAAGACACUGGAAGGAGAUGGAGGAGCAGAGCAGUUAUGGUAACAGAAGUUGCAAAAAUGAUGAGCUAGAAGCAACAUUCAAGAUGUGGAGAAGAUGAAGAUGGAAAAGAGCACGAAGAUGCAGGUGAGGGAGGAGAAGAUGGGAAGGAAGAAGGCCCAAAGAGAAAACCAGAUGUAGCUGAAAUCUAAGAUGCAAAGGAGGCCAAAGAUGAUGAAGAGAAGGGAGACAAUGAAAACUAAGAUGACAAAGGAGGAGAGGAAGAAGGAAGAAGAGAAAGAUGAUUAGGGGAAGUUGAAACAGAGGAAGAAGUAAAAGAACAACAGAAAGAGGAAACUGAGGGGGAUGAUGGGAAAUGCAAAGUAGAGGAAAACAAGGAAGGUGGAAAGGAAGGUCAGCAUGAGGAAGAAGGAAAGGAAGAUCUGCAUGAGGAAGAAGGAAAGGAAGAUCUGCAUGAGGAAGAAGGAAAGGAAGAUCUGCAUGAGGAAGACGGAAAGGAAGAUCUGAAUGAGGAAGACGGAAAGGAAGGUCAGCAUGAAGAAGACGGAAAGGAAGGUCAGCAUGAAGAAGACGGAAAGGAAGAUCUGCAUGAGGAAGACGGAAAGGAAGAUCUGCAUGAGGAAGACGGAAAGGAAGAUCUGCAUGAGGAAGAAGGAAAGGAAGAUCUGCAUGAGGAAGAAGGAAAGGAAGAUCUGCAUGAGGAAGAAGGAAAGGAAGAUCUGCAUGAGGAAGAUGGAAAAAAGAAGGCUGACGGAAACGAGGAUAAAAAGGAAGAAGAAGAGCAAGAGGUUGCUGCAGGUGAAGGGAAUGAUGAAAACAAGGUGGAGGUGGAAGAAGAAGCUGAAAACAAAGACUUCAAACAAGAUGGAGAGAAAGAGGAGCCUCUGAGCAUUGUCUAAAACUGCCCUCUGUGAGAUCAUAAUUUGGUAACACGUACCUUCCUGUUGUAAUGUUAAUAGAGAUAAAUAUUUUUAUCAGAUAUUUUAUAAACAGUGCUUUUCUUUAGCAUCAUUCAAUCUCAGAUCAUCAUCAUACCAGUUAUUAGUUGCAAAACACCUAACAUGACACCUUUAUACAUUUUGUGAUUAUAGUAGUGCAAAAUAGGAAAUGUAUACUUGCAACUUUGUGAAUUUCAUUGUGUGUAAGUUAUGUAUUAAAUUUUUGAGUUUCAAUUUUAUUCUUAUACGUGGCAAUUUUGCAGAGUAAGAGAAUUCCAAAAGAAAGAGUUUGGCACAACUUUGCUGUAGUUCUCUAGGUUGCUUUUAUAAAGAAGGUCAACUAUUUUCAGGUAAUGCCAAGAGUUAGGAUUGCCAUUACCAAAUAUAACUGUAUUAGUAGCUUGGAAAGAAUAUAAAAUUUUAAUUUCAUUUUUGAAGAAAUUUGAAUGUUUAUUUCAGGAGGGCAGUUUUGACUAUAUGUGUAUGCACAAAGUUUUGCUGGAUUUAUCAUAAUAAAAGAGCUCCACAAAGAUAA